CCUCCUUUCCUCCAUUCUCAUCAUGCACUCGCAAAACCAGACUUGACGAAAAAACCACUCUCUCUCUCUCUCUCUCUCUCGCUGUGAAACCCUCAAGUCUCAAGACCAUGGAGAACAGCUACUCCUACAACUCCUAUCCGGACUCCGGCGGCUCGUCGCCGCGGUCGCGUGAGAUCGACUUCGAGAACCCGCCGCCGUGGGAGGACCAGCAGAACCCGAACUACAAGGUCAAGUUCAUGUGCAGCUACGGCGGCAAGAUCCUCCCCCGCCCCCACGACAACCAGCUCACCUACACCGGCGGCGAGACCAAGAUCCUAGCCGUCGAACGCACCAUCAAGUUCUCCGUCCUCGUCGCCAGGCUCUCCGCCCUCUCCGACAGCGACGUGUCGUUCAAGUACCAGCUCCCCGGGGAAGACCUUGACGCCUUGAUCUCCGUCACCAACGACGACGACCUCGAGCACAUGAUGCACGAGUACGAUCGCCUCUACCGGGCCUCCGCCAGGCCCGCCAGGAUGAGGCUGUUUCUCUUCCCGCUCAACCACAGCGACAGUUUCGGCUCUGACAGGUCCUCCGAUAGGGAUCGCUUCGUCGAGGCUUUGAAUUCCGGUCCAAUUCCCGCGCCCGACCCGAUUUCCAAGCCUCCCGUCGUCGUCCAAAAUAACGUUGACUUCAUCCCCGGUUGGGGCAAGGCCGGCGUUGUGGUAACGCCGCCUCCUCCGCCGGCGCAGCCUACGGUGCCCGAGCUCGUUGCGCCUCCGCCGGAGUUUCAAGUCAGAUCAGGCCUCGGCGGCGACCGGGUAAUCGGGUCGGAUCCGGUAGUGAACCCGGUGGAGUUCCAGAGGCAACUGCAGGACUUGCAGAGGCUGCAAAUUGGAGAUCAACCUGAUCAACAGUACCGAAGAAAGAGCGAUGACAACCUCAUCGGAGCAGGAGGAGGAGGAGGCUACGGUGCCGCCGCCGGUGAUUAUUACAUGCAGAAGGUGCCGGAAAAGCUUCCUCCGGUGACGAUGUCUCAGCAGAUUUCGCCUCCGGCGGGUUACUGGCCGGAGAAGCAUGUAGCGGGCGGCGGAUUUCCGGGGACGGUGACGGGAGCACCUGAACAGCAACAGCCUAUGUACAUGAUCAGCGCAGGCGGAGGCGGUGUGUAUCACGCGCCGCCGAUGGUGCGACCGGUGACUGCCCCAACCAAUCAAGGGUACUACCACAUGCAGCAGCAGCCGCCGCAGCAGCAGCAGCAGCAACAGAGAAUGGCUUCGGACGUUUACCGGGACCAGCCGGUGUACAGUGCUAUGCCGCAGCCACAGCAACAGCAACAGACGAGUAGUCUACCGCCUCAGCCGCCCAAGUACGUGGCGACGUACGCCGAAACGGCGCCGUAUACUCAGGUGGCGUAUGAUAGCGCAACGGGGAGGCAGGUGUACUAUACUGCGCAGGGUGGAGGGGUUGUGCAGCCGCAGCAGGCGUACUCAGCAGUGGGGCCCGCUGCGGUUAGCGAGGGUAAGGUGGUGGGUUCAAAACUUCCGCAAACUUCCGUGUGAUUUUUUACUUUAUUAAUGUAUUUUAUAUGAUUAUGAAAAUAUAAUUACUAAAUAUCAGAAGAAAUUAAUAAUAGUUUAUGUAUUAUGUAAGAAAAAAAAAAAAUAUUGAUCUGCUUCCAUUUUGUGUUACUUUAUUUUAUU